AAUGAUCUGAAGCUCACAGACACACAGGAGGCAGACAUGGACCUGACGCUGCUGCUCCGGAAGCUGGCGCUCGUCUCGUCCGUGUGCGUACUGCUGGCCGGUUGGGCGCGCGCCUGCGGUCCGGGCCGGGGCUACGGCAAGCGCAGACACCCGAAGAGACUGACGCCGCUAGCCUACAAACAGUUCAUUCCUAACGUGGCGGAGAAAACGCUGGGAGCGAGCGGAAAGUACGAGGGCAAAAUUACGCGCAACUCGGAGCGCUUCAAGGAACUCACACCGAACUACAACCCCGACAUCAUCUUCAAGGACGAGGAGAACACAAACGCAGACCGACUCAUGACCCAGCGAUGUAAAGACAAGCUGAACUCAUUGGCCAUCUCAGUCAUGAACCAGUGGCCCGGGGUGAAGCUGCGUGUCACAGAGGCCUGGGAUGAGGACGGCAACCAUUUCGAAGAGUCUUUACACUAUGAGGGCCGAGCAGUGGACAUUACGACCUCAGACAGAGACAAGAGCAAAUACGGAAUGUUGUCGAGACUUGCCGUGGAAGCCGGAUUCGACUGGGUUUAUUACGAAUCCAAAGCACACAUACACUGCUCUGUCAAAGCAGAAAAUUCUGUGGCAGCUAAAUCUGGUGGCUGCUUUCCAGGCUCUGCGCUGGUUUACCUCUCAGAUGGAAGAACGAAGCCUGUCAAGGAUCUGAAGGAAGGUGAAAAGGUUCUUGCAGCAGAUGAGCUGGGAAACAUUGUGUACAGCGACUUCAUUGCCUUCCUGGACCGGGACGUGACCCUGCACCGGACAUUCCUUGUGCUCGAGACACAGAAGCCAAAUGUGACUCUGAGGCUCACGGCGGCACACCUGGUGUUCGUCCGGGACGAUUCGGCUGCCUCAGGGAUGGUGGCAAAGUUUGCGAGUGAAGUGAAACCAGGGCAGGAGGUGUUUGUGUGGGAAGGACAAGGACGUCUGAGUAGCGCGAGUGUAGAGCGAGUUUCUGUGGUGGAGGACAGAGGCACGUAUGCACCGCUCACAGCACACGGGACCAUUGUGGUGGACGGUGUUCUAGCAUCAUGCUACGCUGCUGUGGAGGCACACCGCUGGGCGCACUGGGCUUUUGCGCCAUUCCGCCUGAGUCACACUCUCACGCCGACCUUGUGGUGGCGUUGGAUGAUACCGGAUUCAAAUGCUACCUCGCAGCAAGAUGGGAUUCACUGGUAUCCCAAGAUGCUGCUGCAUGUUGGAAUGUGGCUGUUGGGCCAAGACUCUUUCCACCCACUCGGGAUUUCAAACUCAAGCUGAGACUCAAACAACUUACAGGAAGGUUUUAGUGCAAAAUGCAUUUUCUAUGAAUGAAAGCUAACAGACACCAAUUAGCAUGGUGUGCUUGGGAUAAUCGGUGGCUGUUCACUUCAAAGGCCCAGUCAUUCUAGCUUUGCC